GCGUUCACAUUAUUGGCAUCAAACAAAUCACGGUGUGUUUGUGUCGUUUAACUCUCGAUAAGGCCUAAUAACGAGUGCAUUUCGACGCUUCUCAAACGUAAAGGGUUUGGUAGAAUAUUGUUCUAGGUGUCGAGGAGAAACGUGGUCGUUAGUUAAUUAAUUAAUUAACGCGUACCUCCACGAGGAGACCCCGGGGACCUGCGUGCUAAUCCGCAAAACGCCAUUCUGCACGAGAGCUAAUAAACAUCACUUAAAUAUGCCGAGGAGAGCGAGACGAGGACCGAGAGAACAGGAGGAAGAGGAUGGCGAAGACCUUCAGGACAGCAGUGGGCGGCAGGCGGCUCUUCAUUCACACAAAGAGCAGAAGAGAAGGCUCCACAUCAGGACUUCCUGUCAGAGCCUGUGCGAUCUCCUGCCGUUCGUCGAAGGACCCCUGGACACGGCGACCACCCUAGAACUCACUGCGAGAUACAUCGGCCACAUUAAAACCCACCUGCCCCCAGACCUCCUCGCCACGGUUAAUAGAACGGUAGAGCAGAACAUGAAGGGCUCAUGGCAAAAGCGAGAGAAUUCAUCAAAGAAAAGGAAGACGAGUGGUCUGAGGAAGAACGCCACACAGAGGUCCAAACCAUCUGCCGAGAAGACUCCUGACAAUGCUGCCCUCUGGAGGAACGUCCAGCCCCUGAUUAGUGUGUUGGCCAACCAGCCCAACGAUCAGACCGCCGGCCCUCUUCUCUUUGCCGAUCGACCCUCUCCUCCACCCGGCGCCGUUGUCACGCCAAUACUGCUGGACAAGUCGUCGGUGCCUCGUGGACAGAUGCUGCCUCUGUGUCAGGAGCAGUCCUUCUCCUCCUUCUCUGCCCCCACCUUCUCCUCCUUCUCUGCCCCCACCUUCUCCUCCUUCUCUGCCCCCACCUCCUCCUCCUUCCAAUAUGUAGAGAACAACUGGAUGGCCCCCUCUCCGCGGGCAUUCUCUAGUCCAGCCCUCCCUAGCCCCACCUUCUCCGGCACCUCCUGCCCCAGCACUGCCCUUAACGCCAUGACGUCAUCAACAAACGGCAGCCAUAGGGGCGUCCUGCCAGGACCCACCGACACUGCCCUGGGGGGCGAGUCCGCAGCCGAUCACGUUGUGACGCUGCAGAUCAUGGACGUCGCUGCCCCCAACGUGACCGACGCAGGAUCAGGGGAGCUCACGACGACGGCGGUGAACUUGGACGCGGUCUGGGACCAUCAGGAUCAGACCAUCGUGCUUAUCGUGCUGCCCCCCGCUAUCAGUGACGUCACAACCACCCAGGGGCAACAUCUGCCGCCAGAGCCGUCGACGCUGGAGAGAGAGAACGCCACCGUGGCGGUCGCAGGGUCAGCGACGGCGUCGGGAAGGUGGGAGGCUUCGUUUGACGCCCCAGUCCAGCAGAGUGGCGUCAGUGGUAGUCCAAUCACGACGGGCGCUAAGGGCAAGGUUGGUCCCUAUUGGCUGGACCUGCUGUUUGAUGACAGCCUGUGCAUCCCGGAGGCCAUAUUUGAAAAUAAUCAGACGGUGGAGGAUCACACCAACGACCAAACACUUGGCACAUUAUAGUGUCAGUUAUCUGUUGCGUCCGGCAAGAGCCGAAUUGCUUUCGUUCUUCAGCAUUGUUUGUUUGCGUUUUCCAUCUCUUGUCAUUUCGGGUAAAAUACAUGACUAGUUAAUUGUCAUUUACUUUUUUUUUGUUUACUUGACAAUAAAAUAUUUGUUCAACAGCAGUACUAAUUC